AGACAUUUGCGGCACGGUAUAAAGGCAAAGGCAAUGCCCGCAGAGUAUCUACCCAGACUGAUCGCCUCAUCAACAUAACCCUAUCUCGUCACGUGCUCAGCCCUGGAGGAUUCGCACCGACUUUUGUGUCAGUACUACACACAUACACACGCACAUACGCGCACAAAUACAUUCAUACCUUCGCAUCUACACAGCCAUGACUGUCCUCAACGCUGGACGAGCAUUGAUCCAAGCGGUCAAGCGAGACGCGUUGGCCGACGUCAGGGCCUGUACCGCACGCCUGUUGACCUUCCCCGACGCCAGAGAAACCAAUCCACCGAUGAAGAUGGCAAUGGCUAAGGCUGCUUACAUGGGCCAUGCCAACAGUCUCCGCCAUCUCAUGGCUAGCCUCCCUAGGAGUCACUGGCAGGGCGCGUCUGGUCCCUGGAACCCAGUCGUCCUUCCUGGCCCCUGGAACCCACUUCUCGAUCUCACUCCUCGCUGGGACCACAUCCCCAAGGAAUGGCGCGCUGCAGCCAUGUCCGACCUUGUCGUAGAUCGAGCUGCUGCUGGAGGCGUACCUGACGUUAUACAGGCGCUCCUGGACGCUGGUCUUGCAGUUGAUCACGAGGUGGAUCGAGUCGGGACGCCGUUGGGCAUCGCCAUUAUCAAUCGCAAACUGGAACUCAUACGUUUUCUGCUUGCCAAGGGAGCAGACCCAAACGGGAUGUAUUGGGUUCCCCCCAUCACCUUCCUCCACAUGGCGGCUGAGCUUGGAUCGACGACCAUCAUGGAAUUGCUUCUUGACCAUGGCGCAGUGGUGCAAGGAACGGCAGCCUUGGAAGGCGCCGCAAGAGUGGGGUCCAUUGAAGCUGCACAGCUCCUGCUUGAGCGGGGCGCCGACGUGAACGCGGUCCUUCGCUAUGAUAUGUGUGAUCACGACGGGGACAUCAUCGGCACUGCCCUCCAUGUGGCCGUUCGGCACGAUCAAGAGGCCAUGGUGGAAUUCCUUCUACGACGCGGCGCAAAGCAGGAUUCUGACUUGCUGGAUGGCGACCGAGCCACGGUGAAGGCAUUGGCUGCGGAGAAGGGAAACCCUAGAAUCUUACAUCUGUUGCAGCAGCACGAAACCUAGCUAGCCUUGGAAAUCCUUUUCCAUCCUUCCAACAUCAAUUGAUCAGCCUUGUAUCAGUCGACACUGGCACUGUCUUGUUUCAUAGUCGAAGGCAGCGUGGCAAAUUGUUCUACUACAAGACUUACGUGUGAAAAUACUAUCCACGUGGAGAGCUCUGAUCUAAUGACAUUGGCGAUAUCAACCGCAAUCCUUGAUCUACGCGAGACUGUGCCGGUCCACGCCGUCCGCACC